AUGGCCAACCUCCUCUCUGAAUGGCCGCCUGACCAACGCCUAGUGCUCACCUACUCCUCGCUCAAUCCUUCCCUUCGGUUAGGGAGCCCAUGGCUCUACAGGGUUUGGGAUAUCAACCAGAAGUUCCUGUUCCUGAAGAACAACAUGCUGGUAGCAGCUCCCAAAGGUGGCAACUCACCCGGUAACAAUGAUCACGAUCCCUUCACAUCUCACAGCUGCGACCUACACUGUUACCGAUCGAGCACUUGUGGUCAGAAAUGGUGCUCCAUAACUUUUCCAUGGUCACACCCCACUCUUAUCACACUGAUCUUUGCCUGUUUUUUGCUUCCAGAUUACUUGUUGGCUAUGACCCCCAACAGAGGAAUAACCCCAAAAGAUGGAAACACAUUUGCCAUCUUUAUGGGCACCCAAGAUGGAGCACAAACCCUCUCCUGUGGUGAACCUGGUGGUCAACCUCAGCUGACCCUGGAGAGUAAAGGCAUUAUGGAUCUCUACAACGAUGACAAGGAACACAAGAACUUCACUUUCUUUUGUAAAAGUGGCAGCAGCACAGAGACUGGCAGCUUUGAAUCUGCAGCAUUCCCAGGUUGGUUCCUAAGCACGUUGACUGAGCCAAACCAGCCGAUUCGUUUGAGUCAUCAAGGAGGUGCUGAGAUCACUCAGUUUUAUUUUGAUAAAGUAAAAGGUGAUUAGAACUUCUGAAAGAGGAGGGAGGUUUUAAUGCCAAUGUAUGUAUAUCAUAAUCAAGUAGCAAAAUGCCUUUCAGUUCUAACAUGUUCAGAACUUCCAGUAUUCACUCAAGCUACAAAAACACAAGGAAAUUGCAUCUAUCAAGAGUAGGGAUGGCUGGAUAUGUCAAUUUUGGUUGCUCUCGGUUUCUCAUU